AACCGUCAAACAACAACAUUACCAUCCAUCCAUCCAUCCAAUCAAACCAUCAAACUAUCAAACAUUAAAACAAUCAGACAUGACUGAAGAUCAAACAAUCAAUCAUCAAUCACCAAAAAAACCAUCACAAGAACUAUCAUCAUCAUCAAAUCAUCAAAACUCAAGUUUGAUUCCAGAUCCUUCUUACAUUGAUCCUUUGAUUGCAUUGGCUCCUACUCCUAUCAAUCUAUCUAAUCUGGUUCAUUCGAUUCAUCUUCAUUCGAUUCAAGAAAAUCAAGUCAAAGAAGUCUUCAAUUCAGCUUACCUUUCGGCUGCUAGUUCAGGUGAUAGUGAUCUAAUCGAAUGGUUAUUAUCAAAAGAUCACGAUCAUCAUCAUUUAACUUCAAUUCCUAAUCAUCUCACUCGUCAUCCAAGACACAAUCUUUCAAACCAAUCUACUUCUAAUCUCACUCAUUCGAUCUUAAAACCCGGUGAACCAAGAAAAUAUUUAAAUUUAAAUUUAACCGAUCAAGAUGGAACUCCUCCUAUCAUUCUAGCCGCGGCUUUUGGUCAUCCUGAAGCUGUACGUGCUAUAGUAGAUGGUAUAGGUGGUAAUGUAGUCGAUUCUAGAGAUUCAGUCGGUUGGACUGCACUUCAUUGGGCUGCUCGGAAUGGUGAUUUUACAAUCGUAUCUUAUUUACUCAAUCAUGGGGCAACUACCAAUUUAGUUUCUUAUUCUGAAUCAUCCAUGCCUCCUUCAUCUUGUCAAUCUUCUUCAAUCUCAACUCAUUCACGUUUAUCUGCAAGUUCGUUUUCCACUUUAGCUUCUGAUUCACUUAGUUAUUGUGAAGAUCAACCAUCCUGUCCUACUACUCCUACUGAUACACCUUCAAAACGAACCAGAAGGUUUCGAGGAUUAAGACCCUAUGAUUUGGCUAAAAGAGGACCCGAGGGUGAUGAUAUUCGUCAUAUCUUAAGAAUGGCAGAAGAAGCUAAAGCUGAUGCCUUACUCAAAUCUCAAGAUCAACAAUCUAAUCCGAGUAGAUCUUCUAGACCUCCAUCUUUGGCUUCCAUGAAAUCCCCACGUCCUCCUUCUGCUGCACGUCAAGCUCAACUUCAAGCUCAUCAAUCACAAUCUAAUCAAUUACGUGAACUUGCAAGCUUGGCGGCUAAAACAUUAGAUCUUAAUUUUAAUUUAUUUGGAUUUCCUUCAACUUCAACAGACAAUGAACCUGCUAGUCAUCUCAACUCAUCUUCAUUAUUUUUAUCAACUCUAAGUUCUCAUACUUCACAUCAUCUUAACAAUUUACAAAACUCAAAUUCCAUUGAAGCAUGGGAACAAGAACAAAGAUCAGAAGAGUUCGAUUGGGAUCAAUGUUUACCGGAUCAAAUGUUAGUUUGUUCGAUUGAUGAAUUACCGAUCAUAUUUGAUGCAGUGAUCAGUUCGAUGGAACCCAAAAGAUCAAGAAAUCAUCGGUUUGUACCUUCGAAUGUGAUCUUUCUUUGUGCAAGAUUUGCUGCUCAUUUCGGUACGGAAGAUUUACUUGAAGAAUUGAUCUUGGGUGCAUUGGAUCAGAUUGAAGAUGUGGUCUUGGCUCGUGAGGAUAGUAUGGCGAAUUCUGCAUUUUGGUUAUUCAAUUGCUGUACUUUACUUUAUUAUCUGAAACGAGAACCACAUUUGAAUUCGGUUUCCAAAGAAUUUCAAGUUCAUUUACAAGAUUUAAUUAAUUUGAUUUUUGUUUUGGUUAUCAGAAAUGCAGAAAGAAGAUUAGAUAAGGUCUUAGAUUCAUCAAUGUUAGAUUUUCAACCCUUACCUGGAUUUGAACAUGUCGAAUUCGAACCAGAAGGAUCAUGGAGAUUUGUGAAAGCUUUGACGGUUAAAAGGAGUCGACAAACUUCAUUGAAACCUAGUUUGAGUUCAUUUUUGGUCGGCUCACCUCGUUCACCUCCUUCAUCUGGAUCUGCUCAACAAACACCUAACAAGACUCCAACUCAUUUAAGAUCAAGUUCUCAUCAAGUCUCAUCACCUAAUACGACCCCAUUAAAAUCAAAUCAUCUUAACCCCAACAAUCAAUCGAUUGGACCACGAGCGAUUACUGAUUUACUUUCGUCUGUGCUUUAUGUAUUACAAUCGUAUGAGUUACAUUCGUCUUUGAUCGUUCAAGCCUUUUCACAAUUGUUUUAUUGGUUAGGAUGUGAAUUGUUUAAUCGAAUCAUCACUAGAAGGAAAUAUUUAUGUAGAUCGAAGGCUAUGGAGAUCAGAUUGAAUGUGAAUGUGAUUGAAGAAUGGUCAAGACAUAAUCGAUUACCGAAUCGAUUGAUUCAAGAAUACUUUAAACCAUUGAAUUCGAUGUUGAAAUGGUUACAAUCGAUUUCGAAUGAACAAGUUCAAGAUAUGAAUAAAUUGAUUUGCGUGAUUAAUGAAUUGAAUCCGAGUUCAUUGAAUCCAGUACAAAUGUUAAAAUCAUUAAAAGAUUAUAGAUAUGAGAUUGAAGAAACCAAGAUGACAGAAGAAGGUAGAACGUAUUUAGUGAAAUUACAACAAGAUUGGGAUAAGAAAAGGUUAAGUAGAAAAGAAGAAUUAGAAGAAAGAGAAAAAGCAGAAGAAGAGAUGAUGGGAGCUCAUCAAGGUAAUGGGAAUGGCUAUAAUGGAUUAGAAGGUUUAGUGAGAGCUGAAGUGAUUGAAGAUAAUGCGGUCAAAGCUAUUGAUGAAGGAUUGAUGGAUGAAAGCCAAUUCGAGAGUUAUCUUCCACCUGCUUCUCCUGAAUGUUUAGGUGAAUUAUUGGAUUCUAGAUAUAUGUUACCAUUCGGAUUACCUACUUUAACUGAAUCACUUUUUUUAGAAUACGAUGAAGAACAACCUAAGAAUUCGUUGACAUUAGAAUUCGAAGAAGAAGAAGAAGAAGAGAUGGAAGAGAUGGAAGAAGAAACAGAAGAGAGUUUGAAGGAAAAAGAAAUGGAAAAGAUUAGGGAAUGUAAGAAGUCUGUGCUGGCCGUUCCGGUACUUGAUAGUAAGGUUUUGAAUCGAUUAGAUACUUUUAGGGAAAAACAUAGGAAAUUGAAAACUUAUUGA